AUGUCUAAGGCUGUGCUUAUCCCGGAAUGCAACAAAGACUUAGGGGGAGUUAAAGGAGAGUUGAGUGUCUCUCCCAAUGAUAAAAAAGACGGUGCCAUUGGACUGUUAAGUAGGCUGCUCCGUUUUGAUACUCUAAGUAAAAGGCAGGGAGUGCCUGAUAGUCCUACAUCUGAUGAACCACCGACUACGUACUAUGGAGUGUAUAUACCUUGCGAAUUAAAGAAAGGUCCUGAUGAAGAAGCUCUUCAUGUGUACAAAACUAAGUCAGAGGCUUUAGAAUUAGUUCGAAGGUAUAAAUCAGCUAGGUUUAAGGUAUUUAGGAAUCAUCAAGAUGCCUUAUCUUUUGCAUUACGUGGAGCUGAAUUUAAUGAUUUUCAUGAAGGAAAUGUCAACUCUGUCAUGGGAGAAAAACCAUACCCGUUUAAGGCACCAUCACCCCAAGAUAUGGUGACACUCCGCAAAGCUAUUGAGGCAGGGUUGACUUGUACAGUACGAGACAGAGUUUGGGACAACCCUAGAUACCUUGUUAGCAGUGGCAAUACUCCAGCAAUUGUUCAGGAAGGAUCCCGUUACAACGCCUUACACGUAGCAGCAAAAUCCCUUAACGCUGAAAUAUGCAACCUUCUUUUGACAACAGUGGGAAACCCCGCCUUUGUGCAAACCUUGUAUGGCGCUGAUUCCGAAGCGGAGUCUUGUAAGGAAUUCGCGGCUAUUUUAGUGGACCGCUACCUCAACACACCGGACAAGGCGAUGAACGAGACUCCUCUGCAUUUCGCAGCCAAAUUCGGAGCCGAACACGUCGUCGAUGUGCUGACGUCAUUUCCGCAAUGCAACAAACUCGCCACGAACAAGUAUGGGGAAAUGGCUAAAGAUAUAAUCUGUAACCGCGUCUCCAACGCAAAUGCGGAUUUAGUCCGGCGUAUAUCCGUAAUGCUAACGGAGCGGUACUACGUACCGGUGGUGCACGCGGAGGACGAGACGAGUCCGCCCACCAUCGGGAGACCUUUCACACCAGCUGCGCCUCCUGAUUUAAAUCGCGAUCCUCUAUCACCUCGGUUAGAGAUCCGAGCUUUCGCGGGUCCGAUGGAGGAGAAUGAUGCUGAAAGCUUCCGUCGAAGGUGGAAAACACCUCCGCGAUCUAUCAAACCCAAAUUCAGACUCAGAGAUAUGUCUAAAGGCCUCGAAGCUGUUGGAAGGAACUUAGCCGAACAAAUGAACGUCACGUGGAAGGAGUAUUGGCCGUUUUUAGACACGUUCACAGACCUCCGGACCCCAGAAGGGCUCAAUUUACUAGAAAACUAUCUGAGCGCGAAAUUCAAGGUGGCCUCCUUCGUGGAGGCUUCGCCCCCCGAGACGUCCCUCAGCACGCCGAAAGAAGUGCCGAGCCCUAUUUCAGAUUUGUGCAAUGCGAUGAAAUCGUGUAAUUUAAGCGACAGGCCAUAUUGGAUCAGGACGGAUCCGGUGAGACAGAGAAUGUGUCGACAACCUAAUGCGAGGGCUACAACAAACGGGGAAACAUUCCACAUGAACCACACGGUCAGUCAACUGCUUUGCAUAGAACGGACCUGUCAGGUGUUCGCUAAACGCAUUGCGGAUGCGCUCAUUUUCUCUCUGACAGCGGAACUGGAAGUCGCCGGCGAUUCCCUCAAGUCGGAAGCCACGCACCUCCUCAACACGAUGCUGACCUACAUGGACGACGAAAGGUUCCAGGGCAUCGACUUCGCGUUGACCCAUUGGAGGCUCGCUCAGCUGGUCGUCUUCAAACUGCGGCAGAGGAUCGAUUCGGACGACGUCAGCUCUCUGUUGGAAUUUCUGGGCAGGACGAGAUGUCCCGACGACGACGUCAGCUCGGACGAUGAGAAGGCGCAUCGGAGGAAGACGGGGAAGGCGGUGGAGGCCCACGUGAAGUGCGUGUCGAGCUUCAUCGCCGAAGAGUUGGAGGGCGAGGGGAGCAAGGGGCCCGCGGUUUCAGACCUCGAGUGUGCCGAUAUUUGGAGUAAGGCGGAGAAGUGCAGAUGUGAAUGGAAGAUGGAAAUGUUUGAGAGGAAUAGUAAAAAGAACGCUUCGUUCAGAAAGAACAGGUCGAUUCUCUCCAGUAGUCCUAAGAGUGACGGCUUCAUUAGAAGAUUAACGUUCGACCACGAUAUAGGCGACGGCAAGCUUCAAAACAUAGAAAACGUAGAGAAGGAGCCACAGAAUAUGAAUUCGCCAGGAGGAGACAACGUUCCUACUGUUUUUACUGUGGACGUUGCCAAAUGUCGAGUUGUGGAUGCAGAGAUAUCAGACGACAACUCGGACUCGGAAGAGGCCUAUUUGACUGCGCCGGAGUCCCCCGAGAGCUCCGACGACGAAAUGUUUGACGCCAGCGAUCGACCCUUCAUCGAAUGCUUCAUAAAUGGCGAGGAGCCAACCAAAAUAGACCGUCAAGUGUUCGAAGCGUUGUCCGAUUGUGCAAUAUCUUCCGAAGAGUUUCCUAACAUCUUCCGUUGGCGACAUUGCAUUGGACUCUACUCGGAACUGGAGAGGGAAAGUUGGCAGACAACAUCGAACGCCGAUGGCAGCAUAGUGUCGUCGAUAUCCUGGAGUAUUUGCAAUUCCCCCCGAACGCCCCUGUCCACCCCCGGAAAGCCCCAAACGCCGGGAACACCCAACUGGCCCCUCACCCCAGGGAGCCCCGUUUGCAGUACCCCACACAAAGGGAUGUCAUCGCCGGGAAGCAGGGAAGACAGAAAUCCAUCCUUACAGGUAUCAAACUGGCUUCGGGUGACGGGACAGAAUUCUCCCCGAGCGACGCUGACGAGUAAAAACGUCAGUCACAACGUGAGCUUUGGGUUCUAA